GAGCUGCGUUGCGUUCAUUUCGGAGCUUGUCCCGGCUGCAUUGUAGAAGCAAAUCUCCAUGAUACUCCCACGAUCAACGAAGCCAAAAUGUUUCUUGGCGCCCUCACGAAGCAAGCUGGAAGGGAAUUUGAAGUGAAUAUGGGACAGAUACAUCGUUGGAGGACAUUGGCAAAGCUUGCGGUGAGUCCUACUAACAAUGAAAUGGGGUUCGAGAUAGGGCUCUACAAGUCGGGGACUCACGAUGUCUUAGCCAUUCCGAGAUGCCGGGUACACCACCCGAGCAUCAAUGAAGCUGUCUCAAUCCUUCAAGAAGAGAUGCUUGCAGUUGGUAUACAAGCAUAUGACGAGAAGAGCAGUGAAGGACACCUUCGAUAUGUGCAAAUGAUGGUAGAAAGACACUCUAACAAGGUUCAGAUGACGAUGGUGUGGAAUGCGGAGAAUUUUCGUGAUGCCUCACCGCAAGCCCAGUUGCUCGUGAAGAGGUUGAAGCUUUACGACAUCUUUCACAGCAUCUGGAUCAACUAUCGUACUGGAACAGGGAACGUUAUUUUUAACCGUGAUGAGAAGAAGUGGCAACUUCUUAUAGGGCCAAAAUAUGUUGCAGAAAGGAUUGAGGCUGGCCUCAACUUGAGUUUUCCUAUUGCGCCCAGCAUGUUUCGGCAGGGGAAUUUGGAGCAGUUCACUGCGAUCAUUCAAAAAGUAGAAACUUUUAUUGAGCCUGGCUCAAAGGUUUGCGAACUUUAUGCAGGAGCAGGAAUGGUGGGCUUAAGUGCAGCUCUUCAAAAUUGUGAAUGGCUAAGGUGCUCCGACGAGAAUCCAGCAAAUCUUGACGCUUUCCUUGCAACAAAGCAAUCUUUGCCAAUAGAUUUGAAGAGAAAGGCCUAUUACACAACUUCUUCGGCAGAAGAAGCAAUAGAGGAUGGCCAAGUGGACGGGGCUGAUGUUCUGAUUGUUGAUCCUCCACGAAAAGGACUUGAAUUGUUGGCUCAUUGGAUUCAAUCAAAAAGUCCUACGGAGUUGAAAAAGGUGAUUUACAUCAGCUGUGGAUUCAAAGCUCUCAAGGAAGAUUUGAAGGUGAUGUUGUCUGGCAACAAAUGGAAAUUGACGCAUGCCGAAGGACAUGUACUGUUUCCUGGCUCGGAUCACAUAGAAUGUCUUGUCGUGCUCGAAAAG